AUGCUUCUCUCCUCACAACAAGAGGUUGUCAGUCGAAGACUAUCGCUCCACGUUCCCUGUGGUGCUCCAAUGACGACUGCAUCACCCGAAUUCCGAUCACUUGCAUCAUCACCCCGAACUUCUUUCUCUUCGACAUGGUCGCCCGAACCAGAAUUUAUUUCGAACCCUAUCCCAGUACAGCAAUCGAUCACGGGACACCGGCAUAGCAUCGCGGAUCCUGAAGAUGCCCACAGGCUCUUCGAGAUCAACAAGGACAUCAAGGCUACGCUCACCGAGCUUCUCAACACCGAGUCUGUGCGAAGCGAUGAAAAGUACCGUCAAUGGAUCCAAGAGCGCCUCAUGGACGCUGAGCAGCAAAUACGACGUCAACGACGUCGACGUUCAAGCGGCUCGACCACGGGCCGAGAGUUUGCUUCGUCUAUCGCUGAACAUCUCGACAUGGGAAUCACCUUGAGCAAAACCUGGACCUGA